AUGCAUCAAGAUCCUAAUGAUACUAUGCAGUCACAGAUACCCCCUACGCAACCUAUCGUGGAACACGAACCAAAGCAUCCAUCACAGCCCUCAACACGGACUCCGGAAGCCUUGAAGCCGCCUUCUGGGCCCUCAAAACGUACAUCAGAAGCAACUAAAGGCACUCCAGAAUCCAGGAAGCCCAGUUCUUCACAUGCCGCAAAGCCUACCUCAUCAACGCUGAACGACUCACCCUUCACACCACUGUCGAUGCGAGCCCUCUACUACGCCCCAGACAACGACAUAUCCGAAGGAAUCCCAGAGGGAGAAAUCGACGACGCCAUCUCACCUGAUACAAACACAAGCGUCAUCCGCAAGAAAGAAACAAACCUUGUGUUCGACUCAUGCUUCCCAACGCCGCAGCCCUCUUCUCAGCAAUACCUGCUGAAGAUCCUCACAGCAGCAUUUUGCCACGAUGAGAUUCGUCUCGCGGAGCUCCUCAACCCCCCAAAGAGCACUCCACAGAUCCCACUUCACAGUCUCUGUGGAACAGUUAUCAGCACUCCACGCGAAGACGACGAGCGGGAAGAAGGCCCGAAGUUCAAAAUCGGUGACGUAGUCUUCGGUGUUGUGAGUUACACGCGUGACGGGGGAGCGGCAGACUAUGCAGUUGCCACUGAGAAAGAGCUAGCGCUGAAACCGGAGAAUAUCACUGUUGCCGGGGCGGCAGCACUUGCAUUGCCGUCGUUGACGGCUUGGCAGGCGCUUUUUCGUUAUGCCGGACUUGAUCCCGAUGUGCCUGGUGGGAUGAGCGAGGGCGAUGAUGCUUAUGGGGGUGGAAUGGGGCGGUGGCUUUGGCAGCAACAACGCCGUGAUUCCGUACUCGGCAGCAAGGAUUAUGGCUAUGGGCACCGCAAAAGCACGGUUGUUAGUACCGGGAACGGCGGCCUGCUAAAUGAUACUACCAGUGGUAUGGGCGGCGGAAGUGAGAACGGGCGGUGGGUUUGGCAGUGGAAUCGCCGCGGCGAUGACAAUACCAGUGGCACUGCUGAUGCUGACAUUGACAAUAUCCCUCCAACUGCCAGAGCAGUCAAUCCUCCUCCUGACUCUAAGACUGUACGCCGUGACAGUCUAAUCAGUCUCGUCAGCGGUAAUCCCACUGGCAAGAAUACUGUUCCUCGCGCUGCCAGCACACUUGACCCCAAUCCUAAAGCCACUGUCCGCCGCAACAGUUUGAUCAGUCUGGUCAAAGGUAACGCCGCCAACGCUCCAGCCAGUCGUGCUGCUAGCACAGUCGAUCCUACUACCAAUGCCGAUGCCAAUAGCAAUAGCCGCCGCGCAAGCCUGGUCAAGCUAGUCACUGGUAGCCCUAGCCCCGGACGGCGUGCCAGCCUGCUAGGAAGCAUAAUUGGCGGCACUGAUUCCAACGCCAACGGAAAGCAAAAGCUGCCCAAUAUCCGAGUUCUCGUCACCAACGCCCGCGACAAUGAUAUCGGUCGGGUCGCAGUGCAGAUCCUGCGAGCAGAUUCGCUCUUCCCCACCCCCGUCCGGCCGUGGAUUUGUGUAACCUGCACGCAGGUCGAAGCCGACAUCAUCGAGAAGGACUGGGAAGUGGACGAGAUAGUAAUCAUCCCGCACCUCCCGUCGCCGGACGAGUGUAACAUCGAGAAGGUGUUCCGCGCGCGCCGUUGGCAGCCAGUUGACAUCGUGCUUGACUGUGCUGGCGGUGAAGUAUUCCGGGCGGCUCAUGCUGCCGGUGUUGUCAAGGAUUACGGGGCUGUGUUGACAGUUGUGGAUGGUCAGGUUGCGCAGCAAUCUCCGCUUGUUCCUGAGAAGGAUGUCCUGGGUGAGAAGAAGCGUGGGAUUAAGAGCCGGUUUGUGCCUGUCAAUCCUGAUGGAUUGUCCAUGGAGCGGAUUGCGGAGUUAGUGGAGGAGGGUUUGGUCAGUGGGAGAGAGAUUACUGUUGUUGAUCUUGCGCGUGCGGCGGAUCUUUUGGCUGCUGGAGCUGCUGGGACGGCGGGGAGUCGGCGUGGUGGAAUGGUGGUUGUUAGGGUUAAUAAUGUGGCCUGA